AUGGUUGAAAUAAGAGAUCUGAAUGUUGUUGAUCCAAAUGAACCUAUUGAUCCAAAUGUAGGACAUGUCCCAGCUCUGAUUAUGCCAGAUAUUCCAGCUCAACCAGCUGCUAGGUCUAUUAGUGAGGUGGCAAUCCCACAUGUGAACCAUGCGACUAACAAUAUUCGAAACCCAGAAUGGCAUGCUGACUUGAGGAGUUCCCCUAAGAAGGUUACAGGAGUGUUAGAGGAUGAUCAGUUCACUACUCUAUCAGCUCAACUUGCAGUAGUGCAAAAUCAGAUGCUUACUCAGUUGAACAAUAUGAAUUUUGCUCUUCCGACAACUGGCCCAUUUCCCAAAGUUUCAAUUGAUAAAGCUCCAAAAUUAGAGCUUGAGAUAAGGGAAGUAAUGGAAGUCUUGAAAAGAAGAAAGAAGGCAAUUGGCUUGCAAAUGUCUGAUAUUUUAGAGAUAAAUCCUACUUUUUGCAAGCAUAAGAUACAGAUGGAAGAAGGUUUCUACAGGCGGUUUAUUCAAGAUUUUUCCAAAAUUGCUAGCCCUAUGUGUAAAUUUGCUAGACACAAGGUGGCCACUUUAUAUCAUCCACCAAAGACUGGACAUGUUGAUGUACCCAACUGGGAGAUAAAAAAGAUAAUGCAAAAGACUUUCAAUGGUCACCAGAAGGAUUGGGCUAAAAAUCUAAAUAACACACUAUGGGCUUAUAGGACAUCUUAUGAGAUGCCCAUUGGUUCUUCUCCACAUCUCUUGGUUUAUGGGAAAACAUGUUAUUUGUUUGUAGAAUUGGAAUAUCAAGUCUAUUCGGAUGUGAAUAAGUUGAAUCUUAAGAUUAAGACAGCUAGUGAGAAGAGAUUCUUGCCGCUGGAAGAACUUAAUAAGUUUCAUCUCCAUGUGUAUGAGAAUGACAAAUUGUAUAAGGGAAAGACCAAGAUAUGGCAUGACAGAGAUAUUCAUGAUAGUGUUUGA